AUAGCAGUAAUUUCGUGUCCAAACGAAUCACCGGAACUAUAAACCAGAGGCCACACCGCACCCAAAGGCCCCAACGCAUCGCCAUUGCAGCUACUGUACGGACGGAAGAAGGAGCAAGAAGAACACUUCCAAAAGUUGCAGAGAAUGGACGGGCAUGAUUCGGAGGAUCCGAAGCAGAGCACUGCCGACAUGUCUGCUUUUGUGCAAAAUCUUCUUCAACAAAUGCAAUCUAGGUUCCAAACAAUGUCCGACUCCAUUGUUACGAAGAUUGACGAGAUGGGCUCUCGCAUAAAUGAAUUGGAGAGCAGCAUCAACGAACUAAAAACAGAGAUGGGAAUGGAGGGCUCUCCGUCUCCAAUGCAGCAGUCCAAGCCAGCAUCAGAUGAAGUGAAGCAAGAUGAAGGUUCUGCAUAAAUUUAGUUACAAUUCAUGUUCUUGCUGAUAAACAUAGUGCUCAUCCUACAUUUGAUAAGGUUUUUGGUUUUUGUGAUAUCUUUUCUUUGUCUGCGGUUGUGUAUUUGUGCUUGAUCGAUUGAAGCUGAUGUUUCUAUGAGAUUAUAAACACUCAGUGUGCUCUUGUAGCUAAUGUUGUUCACGGUCUAUCUUUUGAAAGUUAUUAAUAUGAGAUGAUGUUUUAUCA